AUGAGGGGACAAGCCGCCGUACCUCAGAUGACACCCAAGAGGGAACCUGUCACACCUGCGGGGAUCAAGAACGAAACCGUCACCCCUGCGAAACCGGGAACGUCCAAGAUUCCUUUUCUCACAGCUCCAUCCCAAAAGAUACAAAAAACGAAACGAAAACUUCCUGUUCCCACACCGCAAAAACAUCGCACGGAGUUGGAACGACUCAAAGAAUUUGGUAACUGGGAACCAUGGGAAAAGAGAAGUUACGACCCACAUCAAGCGUUUGAAGAUGAUGAAACGCCAAAGUCGAGGAUAGGCAAAGGGAGGGGCAAGAACCGUCCAAGCUAAGGCUAAAAGGAAACGAUAGAGUGGAGGAGAAUUUGAUAUUCAGAAAUGGAUUUCAAAGUUAGGUGUCGAGCUUCAUUGGCCUGGAUACCAAAGAGAAUCCGGCGACAGAAGCAAAAAUUCAACUUUUUUUUUAUUUGCUCCAAAAGACCCUCUUGGUGAAUCGUUUUCAAAUAUAAUAUUCAAAAGUUCCAGCGAGUUUUUAUUUUGGAAAAAAAAUACGAAAGUUCGAAAUCGGCCAAAACGUACCUAAUUUGCAUAAUUUCUAUUGGGCUUUUAGUGCAUUUUCACAACGCUCGCACAAGACAACGAAGAAUUAUCUUGGAUUCAUUUUUUCAUAAGUUGUUUUUCAUCCCUUGGAGUAGCUUUGCAACUAUAUUUCUUCUCCAACUGAACUUUCUUUCGUUUGUAACCACUCGCGUAAAGUAUACUAUAUUUUCUAUUCCGUUUGUACGCUGAAUUUUGCUAUAUUUCAGACGACCAUAACAUCGGGGAUAUACAAAUGUAUAUAAAAUAAAAGAGCUCUUUUCAACGAAAAAUUCUUCGUGUUUAUCAUGUAAAAAUAUUAUUUUUGGCCCGUGAAAGGCGAGCGCGCCAGACGAAAAUAUAUAACGUGCAUUUUCACGGAGUUAGGCCAUUUUCUUGCUGUACUCCUACUGCAAACGCACGCUAUUGGGACAAAACUCGACGUGUUUGGUCUCUACUUCAGUUUUGAUUCAUCUAAAUAUAUCAAUUUUAACUUAAAAAUUAGCCUACCUUUAUUGUUAAGUAAACAAACGACCGUUUUGGGUAAAGUUUUUGAGUUGAUUUUUCUCGAGUGGUAAACAAACAAAUGGCUGUUUACAAAGAUACCAGCUCUGUCGACGUGUUUUUAGCUGAAAUUGGCCGGUCGCAUAUAUUGUUCAUUAAUUUACAAUCUAUCCCACUGGCAUAACUUUAGAGUAAAUUACAUGUAACUAUAAAUGUUGUUGUAAAUACGUGAGCGUGAUUUAAAUAAAAUAUUCGCACACAUACAAUAUUCGAAACAUGUAGUUGUCGAAUGAAAAUACUCGCUUAAUUGUGCAUGAACCAUGUGUGUACAUUCGGUGUUUUGCUCGGUUGCUUCUAUAGAUUUCUGCCACUGUCACUGUAAUUAAAAUAGUAUGUUUGUAUAGUCCACCUGUUUAGAUACAUUUUCAAAUCGACUGUAGGUUGGAAUUCUUUUGGUAAAAAUUGUCGAAGAAAUCCGAGAAAAAUGGCAUGUAGCACCGGGCAGUCGUGCUACAUUCCAUCUCACCGAUUUCAACGAAACUUUGCCAGGUUAAAGGAUCUACCCCAAAACUAAAAAAGACAAACUGGUUUCUAUUUUGGUUUUUUCCGGGGGGAUAUAGACCACCCCCCCGGUUUUUCUUGAUCCUUAGUUAAUGUCCACCUCAAGUAUCAGUCAAUUUGAUUGACGGCUUGUCAAUCAACAGAGGCAAAUAAGCAACUGAGUUUUUUGACUUUUUGAUUCAUCCAAAUAUCUGACAACUUUGAAAAGUGAGAUGCAAAGAUCUUUAUUUUUUUUUUUAGCUUAAUAGCAGCUGUACCCUCGCCUGCAGUCUUCGUCUAAAUUUGCAAGGUUGCUCCUUAUCUUCUGCCUUGUUAAAGGCGGUUGCCUUACUAGUUUCCUCCCCUGUCCAGCUCAUGUCAAGGAGAUAAUUCUUUUCUUUCUGAGAAAAGUUGGCCGGUUUUUGUGUUUUCCAAAGAGCCCAUGCAAAGUCCAUUUGGCUAGUUAGUGAUGUUUCGUCUGAAAUUUACCUGAGGUCCGACCUUGAACGUAGCAACCCCCUUUAAAAUGGCAAGCCGGUCUUCGUCCAUUUUCUCUUGAUCUUAUCAUAGUCGGAUUUUUUUGUCAGCUUCACCGUGUUUGCCUUUGUUAGGGUGCUCUGGAUAGCAGCCAAUGACUGAAACGUCUUGAUACAUCCUUCCUCUCAGCAAGAGGGAAAAAAAAAUCUCGCUUUCUUGUUCUGUCUGUAACGGAUUGGAUAUAGUUCUCGCGAUGACCCGCGUUCAGGGAUCUGUGCACGUUGCUGAUAACCACCCACUUCUACGAUUAGUUUACUGAAGGUUUCUAAUGUGAUGAGCCUAGUGAGACCCUGAGGGGCUCCAAACUGUGCCAGUUGGUCUGCGCUAUAAACUUGUCGCAGUUGUAAAGUCAGAGGAAGGAUCGCCCACCUCUAUUUAUGUGAGCGUCUCUACAGUACCUGCGUAUCCCUAGCAAUCAUAUGAUAUAAAGUUCAUUUCAGUCACAAAUCAUUAGUAAGGAAAACUGAUGUUCAGAUAAGCGCUCUUCUUGCCCUUCUUCCUUAUUUAUCCCUGACUCUAAGAUAGCAGUUACAGUAUGCGUUCUACAGUCACCUUGCCACCAGGAAGACUCGCCACCAGCUUUAAUUCUUUCUGCCAUCUUCAGAUUCACUUCUCUCAACUUUACGUCUCCGAUUUUUAUGACGAGGAUACUGGCAUUUACAAACCCGAAGGUCUGAAUCUCAUGCCAAGUUGUGUACGAUAUUUGAGGCAUAUCGUGAAAUCGCGGCCUUCGUAAUCUCCAAAUAAGCCAAUACGCGCUAGAAUAAGCUUCUUCUCGGACGAAACGCAUGUUUGGGAUACAUUGACGUCUCUCAAACGUUUUUUUUUUAUGCUGUACACCCACGAGUUCAGAGGUGUGAGCUGUUGCCGUCCCUGGCCAGCGCGAGAAUUGAGAUGCUUUUUAGACACUCGAUUUCUUAUACGGCAUCACUAUGAAGACGUAAUACAACUGAUACACUUAUACUACAUAGGAUUAACAAUGUCUGUUGCGCUGUUGCGAAAGGGAGGAAAAUAUUACCGGAAGUUUAAAUUCUUUAAGAGUUUCAGAGACGUUUCAGAGAUGUUACAAAAAAUUGUCCCUCUCUUAAAUUUACUGGGAAAAAUGAACUUACAAACUCCUUACAAACAAUUUUGCUUUCUCCUCGGGCUGUUAUAAAACAGGUCAUAAAUUGACUAGUGAAUAAAAUAUUUUGAAAUAUUGUUCGGAAUUUGCUUUUUUUUGCGUGCAAAUCAAGGGUAGACAAAGUUUAUAAAACAUUUGACAAGAAUUUCAUGGGGUUCACCUCGAUAAUUUUCGUCGGCCAGAGUCAAGACGCACCAAGCUAAGCGACAUCGCCCUCCAGUAAAAUAAUUUUCCAAAGAAUAAAUGUGGCGAGCGUGGGGAAACACACAUUUUUUUUCAUUAUUGUGAUCAAAGCCCAAUGAUGUACCUAAAUUGGUACUUACGGUAUCAAGCCAUCGAUUAUGACAGGGUGAGCUUAAUUUUUCUGUCGAGGUCGACGUGACUUCACAUUAAAAGCGUUUUUGAAACAAACUAGUGAGCAUCACUGCACGAACUGAGAAAGUAAAACUUGUAUUUAUCUCCCACACAUUUCGUCUGACAAUAGUAGACUUCAUCAAGGAGUUUUACAAGUAGGGUAAAUCAGCUUUCUCGUAUACAAAUAGUAAAUAAGUAGUCUCUUUACUAUUGAAGCCAGCGGAUAUAAUUCGCCAGGAGCGCCUAUACAUGCGUGACAUUUUUCGGACGUUACAUGUACGAGUACGUGAUCUGUUUGAGGGUCACAGAUUUAGUGUAAAUAUUUGACCCCUCGACGUCAUGUAAUGUCUCUAGUUUACAGAGGUCUUCGAAAGCUUCAUUACAUGGAUUUGCCUUCUGCGCGUAGAAGGCUUCAAGCGAAUUUCUCGGGUGUAAUUGCUUUUGAUUUCUCAACUGAUGUUGUCGCAAACACAGCUUUUGGGAGUCACGAAACAAAAAAGCUUAUCGGGACCUAGUUUCAUGUACUAAUGGAAGUAAAUGGCAAAUAAAAACAUUCUCUUGAGAAAUAAAGUUAUAAAUAACAGGGGCUCUCUGAAACAAAUAGUGAUGAAAAAUGUUUCAGUUCUGGUCAAUAUUGACUUUUCAUAGCCUACUUCCAAAUCUAAGGGAACGCGCCGAGGGAAAAAAACCAUAUAUGUGUGAUAAUGCAAGGAGGAGAGUAAAAAUACAAAUAAAGAAAAAGGAGAAAACAUAGAAACCCGUGUUGCAGCGCGCAGAUAUCUUUUGAGCCAGACCUACACACUCAUGCCCGACACCACGCAAAGAAACUGGAAAGAGUGCUGUAUAUGAACUUGCUCGCACGUGCACGCAGGAAAGGCCAUGACAAUCAGCGAAAAUAAUGGCAAAUGCAGAUGAUAUUUGCAGUCAAAAAACAGGCAAAUAAGAUGACAGAAGGAUAAAGAACUUUCUGGAGGUGUCUUCUUAAAAAAAAAAAUGAAAAACAAUUUUUACUUCUCUUGAAAGGUCACGCAGUCACGCUUCAAAUACUAUUUCUACGUGGAAUUUCUUGAUAGUGGAAAGUGGAAAACCAUUUUCCAUUCUUAUUUUCUGGAAACAUGGCGCAGUUAAUGAAUGUUAUGGAGCUAUUGAUAUUUUCUAUCAAAUAAAGGGGGGCAGAGUUUCCCGUCAUCCGCGUUUUGGAAAAGCCGAAAUUGUUACACUCGGGAACUUGUACGUCAACAAGCACUCGAUAUGUGAAUUUAAAAACUCCUCUCCUGUUACAGUUUCCUUAUUGUGAACUGUACGAUAAUGAUAAUAAACAAUCAAAUUGUAGACUAAUGAAUGUUUUGUUUUUGUACAAGGGCCCUAUUUCCUGAUUUUAGCAAAUCUUUAAAGUAAUAAACGACAGAAGAAAGAAACACUACGAUUUUCCCAUCGAUUUUUCAGCUAAAAACACGUCGACAGAGCUGGUAUCUUUGUAAACAGCGAUUUGUUUAUUUACCACUCGAGAAAAAUCAGCUCAAAAACUUUACCUAAAACGGUCGUUUGUUUACUUAACAAUAAAGAAAGGUUAAUUUUUAAGUUAAAAUUGAUAUAUUUAAAUGAAUCAAAACUGAAGUAGGGACCAAACACGUCGAGUUUUGUCCCAAGAGUGUGCGAUUUGCAGUAGGAGUACAGCAAGAAAAUGGCCUAACUCCGUGAAAAUGCACGUUAUAUAUUUUCGUCUGGCGCGCUCGCCUUUAGCGGGCCAAAAAUAAUAUUUUUACAUGAUAAACACGAAGAAUUUCUCAUUGAAAAGAGCUCUUUUAUUUUAUGUACAUUUGUAUAUCCCCUAUCUUAUGGUCGUUUGAAUUAUAGCAAAAUUCAGCGUACAAACGGAAUAGAAAAUAUAGUGUACUUUACGCGGGUGGUUACAAACGAAAGAAAGUUCAGUUGGAGAUGAAAUAUAGUUGUAAAGCUACUCCAAGGGAUGAAAAACAACAUAUGAAAAAAUGAAUCCAAGAUAAUUUUCGUUGUCUUGUGCGAGCGUUGUGAAAAUGCACUAAAAGCCCAAUAGAAAUUAUGCAAAUUAGGUACGUUCUGGCCGAUUUCGAACUUUCGUAUUUUUUUCCAAAAUAAAAAACUCGCUGGAACUUUUGAAUAUUAUAUUUGAAAACGAUUCACCAAAAGGGUCUUUUGGAGCAAAUAAAAAAAAAGAUGAAUUUUUGCUUCUAUCGCCGGAUUCUCGAAAAUUACUGACAACCUCUUUUAAAACGUGGUGAUCCAGGAAUUAAUCGUCUUGAUAGAUUAGCCAAACAGCACGAUAUUGAUUACAGUAAAGCUAAAUCACUCACUGACAAACAUAUUGCCGAUCGUAAGAUGGUAGCCGGAAUCGAUAAGUUUCCAGGCAAGAAGAGUUUAACCGAGCAAAUUGUGAAGCGAAUCAUGCGAGCUAAACUUAAAACAAAAUUGUAACACCUCUACAAUGAUGAAAUAAAACUUGUGAAAAUGCAACACAGUGUGUGUCUCCGGUUCAUUUGUAGUUGUGUCGUUAUCGAGAGCACAUCAUGUCAGGUAAUACUUUUUUACUUGACGUUACCCUGUAACGAUGGGAGUCUGAAAUAUUUUCCAGACAACAAAAACAAUUCUUGGAAAAAUCGAUUAGACAAACGCAUCGAUUUAGAAGGAGAGUGGGAAGUGGGAUUGAGUAGUAUUUCGCUUCCACACGAUUCUAAGGUGUCCAGUUACCUCAAAGGAUUAAAAGACGAUAAUGUCUUGCUAACCACAGGACGAAUUAAAGUGGCCACUGGGGAUACACAACAUAAAGUGACUUACAAUGUCACGUAUGGAGACAUCAAACAACAUCGUAUCGAGACAGUUCUCGAUUUAUUCAAAUCCUUGUUUGAUGAAGAACGUUUAAAAUGUAUUAUGAAUAUGGGCUCGGCGUUUGGGAGUCAUUUUUCUUCAGGACACAGCGCACAAUUUGAAGUGAUUGCGGAUGAAGAUAAAGAAACGAUUACUGUGACAGCAGACAAGGUAAAAUCGACUGAUAUAACUCAUCAAGAAGCUCGUGACGGUCUCUAUUUUGAGUUACCUCGAGACAUGUGUGAGUUGUUUGGUUGGACGAAAAAAACAACAGUGCGUUAUCGUCGUAUUGUUAGUGGUCCUAUUGAAGAGAAUUGUAAUGUAUCACGACCGGCGCAUAAUCUCAGUGACCAAACGUGGUUCGGUGUGGAGUUAUGAUAGGAGGCUUACUACAUCCAGUUUGGCGUAUUACAGAUAUGAGAUCCCAUGGAAAGACCGAUUUGCGGAGAAAUAUCAUAGAUUUCUUCUCAGCAAUCUGAACUGGACCUUUAUCAAUACUAAGAGAAGUACCUACUUAAAUCUACCUUACCCACGAACCUUGUAUAUGUAUUCCUCGCUUUGUGCUCCAGUACGCGUGGGAGAUCAGACGACUGAUCUUAUACGUCAAAUACACUACCAACCAAUCUUGGAAGGAAAUUAUUAUUACGAACCCAAGCAGAUUCAUUACAUCAAGUUACGUAAGAAUCACAUCGAUGUGGUGGAAACACAGAUAAGUGAGUCGGAAAAUAAUAAUUUGGCUCAGUUUACAGACGGCGCUUCUAUCGUCACACUUCAUUUUAGACGCGUACGUUAA